GGAUUAUGAAUUUAACUAUAUUUUUACUACGCAUAAGUGAGACUAAAAUAUAAAACUAUUUAGUACUACUAUUACUAUUACCACUAACUACUAUUAUUACCACUACCUUACUAGCGCCAACCACACUCUGCUUAGCCAGGGUAGCGGCGCGAGAGAUAACCAUUUGCAAAUAUCAUGCAUUCAUAAAUAAGCAAUAAAUAAAUAGCACCUAAUGUGUAUCCCCCUCCCCCAUGCGGAAUAGAAGAAGUAAGGAAGGAGGAAGGAAGAAGGAGUUAGAAAAAAACACACUCACACAGACACAUACACAAAUUAUUCAACGCUGCGAACAAUGGCUGUAAAUCGUUAAAGGAAUCUAAGGAGUCCAUGGCACAACAACACAACAGGGGGAUCGUAAGCGAUCGCAAGCAGCUAGAGCUAGAGAAAGAAAGAGACAAAGAGAGAGAGAGAGAGAGAGAGAGAGAGAGCAAGAGAGAGAUAGUGUUCCUCUGUAAAUAGUUCCGUUUGAAAUCGGGCGCGGAGAGUUAUUUGGAAGCAAAAUUCAACAUAAUUUGCCAAAACACACACACACACACACGCGCGCACACACAAAAAGAACAGUGCUUUUUCAAUGGCUCCUUGGAUCGUGCCACGCGCAUAAUACACAAUACUUCGGAUAUAAAAAUACAUUGAGUGAGAGAGAGAGAUGCACAAUGAAACAGAGGAUCAAUGUGUGUGUGUGUGUGUGGUGUGUGUGUGUAUGUGUGUGUGUGUGUGUGUGUGUGGUGUGUGUGGAAGCAAAAAGAGAGCUAAAAUUAUUGAACUGCAAAUUUGGGCUGUUAAACUUCGUUCGUGCUACCAAAAACAUGGUUCACUGUCGUCACUAAUCGAAUGAUAUAGGGAGCUACACACACACACAGACACAUACAAAAGAAGAGCUUUUGGUCAGCUUCCUUCGGGGCUUGAAGGGUUCAAGGGGGCAAGGGAGGGGAGGGGGGAUAGUUUUUGUGAUCCCUGCCCUUCAAUACCAAUGAUCGUAUACAAACGAGUGACGUCGCAGCACAGGAUAAGCAAUAGGCAAUAGGGCGUGAGAGCUCAUUGAAUCCACUCCUCCUCUCUCUCCCUCUCCCCCUUUCCAAGGGGAACUGUUUGUGUGCAUGCAUGUGUGAUGUGUGUGUGUGAGUCAGUCACAGCUUGAACACAUCCACUCGGUGAUCCAGUACCACACCAGAGUUCAAACCAGAGACUCGUCCAAUCUUCUACUUCUGAAACUUUGUACAUACAACAAUCAAAACACACUGCAUCCACUGCAACGAUCUGUAUGCUUGUGUGUGCAUGUGUGUGUGCGAAUGUGAGAAUGAGUGAUCUUGUAAGACAUUUCGCAAACAAAACAGAAGCCACAACCGCAACAGCCACAGCAGCAGCAGGAGUAGCAGCAGCACCACAACCACACAAUGCCAUCGUAGGCACCCGCGUCAUAGCGCACCGGGACUCUCUCUCUCUCACACACACACACACACACUCGAUCCCGUGAUGGAAGAAUUGAAAAAAAAAAUAUAUAUAUAUAUUCCACCCUCUCGUCAGCGUGUUGUCGACCCCGAGAGUAGGGAAUGGGCAGACGGGAGAGAUUGGGCAGAAACAACAUACAAAUAAACAGGAGUUAGUAUAGUAAUAAUGCAAAAUACGCGCCACGAGACGACGCACGGAAACCAGGGGGAGGGCCAGGUGGAAGAAAAAAAAAAACAAAAAAGAAACGCCAGAACGAAGUGGGAAUGCCGAAUCCAGUGAUUUUAUAGAAAAUACAAAUAACAAUUUUAAUAACGACCAAACUUAGUUAUACUAAAUAUAUAUACAUGAAAAUAUAUAUAUAUAUACAUAUACAUAUAUAUAUUAAAACAUAUUUUAUUGAUUGCUAAGCAAAAUUAUAGAGGGAAAAAUCAAACGAGAGGAAAGCGGAUCCAGUAGUAAAAAGAACAAGAGAGCGAGAGAGAACGAGAGAAAACGGAGCAAAUCCAAAAACAAAAAACUAGCAGAAAACUAAGCAAACAACAACGGCAACCAAACGUUGUUGUUGUCGUUCGAUCAAGACAAAGCGUGCAAGUGGCAGUGAAUAUACAUAGGGUACUAAUAUACAUAUAUACAUAAUAAGUAAUAACCAAAAUCGAGAUCGCUAAUCGAGGGACGAAAAGCAUGGUUCAGCAUAAGAAAGAAGCAAGUCGCGUUACAAGAAAAUGUAAGCAAUGGGCGGAAGAAGAAGAAGAAGAAACAAUGCAUAACAUAAACCAUUAAUUGACUACUAAAACACCAACAAGUGCUAUUAGUAAUAGAAAUCGAAUAUUAUCAUAUGUUAUUGAAAAAAAAAACAAGUAAGAGGGAUAAGGUAUAAAUACAAUUACGAAUUAAAAGCAAGCUCACACACAAACAUUCAUACAAACAAACAAACAAACAUACAUACCACACAAGUUUAUAAAAUAAAGGGCAAAAAGAAGGAAUACCAGGCCGAAGCAGAUCUAAUUGCAAAAGGGCGUAGUAAAAAACAAAGCAUGAAAGUUGUGAUGGCGUUGGCACAAAAUGGCUACCAAUAAAGCAAGAAUGUAAAAGGACAGAAUAAACAUACACACACACCGACACAUUGACACAAACAAACAAAAACACGUGCAAAUAAAGCCAAGGGUGAGAAGGUAAGAAGGUGGGCGUGCGGAUACAAAACAAGAAAAUAUCUAAAAUCGGUACCAUUCUCUGUACAUACAUUAGUUUGGUUCAUUACAAACGUUUUGGGGGUACUGUUUUACUUACUAUAAGUUCGGUGAAAAAAAAAACAUAGUUACUGCCUUACAUAACUAUAUACAUAUAUACAUAGCGGUGUGUAUGUGUAUGGAUAUACAUAUAUACACACACUCCCACACACUUAUAUAUAUACAUAUACAUACAUAUGAAUAAAACUAAUUCGGAAUAAGCAAAAGAGCUACUAUUAUCGGAAAGGAGGCAGACGCAGGGGCGGGCCGCUGCUAAAACACGGCUACAAAAGAACAUUAACGAACGGACAACACGUCACACCUGUACACACAACACAACGAAACAACGACGUGACAAAAACACACACACAAAACUUGACGGUGGCACACGGACAAACAAACACAAACACAUGAACCCAUUUGUAAAUACUAACCUGUAUACAAUUACUUCAGACGUGCAGAAACCGAAACAGAAAAGGCAACUGGAAAACUACAUUAAACAACAAACUUUAAAUUAAAAACACUCAAACAAAAGGAUUUUAUAAGGAUAACGCUUUGACAGUAAUGAAAACACACCACUAACGAUCUUGAUUUAAAAAAGAAAAACUCCGAUUCAACGAAAAACAAACGACGAGCCUACUUUGAUCAUAAAGCCCAACAACCAGACUACCGAGACAGCAACGGACGCAAAACGACACCACGCAAACGAACACACGCAUGCACGCAAACGCAAACGCCACGCUCAAAAGUACUACGCAACUACUACACCUUCUCAAUACACCAAUACGUACACACAUACGGAAACGGAAACAUUCUUCAAAAAAAAAACAAACGGCAAGGUUACGCGUUCAGAACGGCGGUAAAAGUGGUCUUAGGAAUGCUCUAAACUCUUCUAGAUAUAAGUUCUAAUUCAAUACUACCUAAAACAUGAAACACCAAUCUCUCUAGGGUAUGAGGAGGAAGAGUUUUGUUUUUUCCUUUCAUUUUUCGUUUUUCAUACGAGCGCCGUUGCUAGAAGGAACAAGAGUAAAAAGUGAAAAAAAAGAUACAAUUUAAAACGAAACGGAAAAACGAUAAAAAAUAAAACACAACCAAACUAAUCUAAUGAACGAAAGCAAACAAGCAAACCAAACUCCCCAUCCAGGCACGCGCGCCCUUGUGUGUGUGCGUGUGUGCUGGGGUAUGGUUAGUAGGAAAAUUUGCCCGCGAGGGGAGGGAGCAGGUGCCAUUUGCAGCACAGCCAUUUACAGCACAAACAGCGGGAAGAAAAAUCGAGAACUAGCAAACAAACAAAACGGUACUAGCUUAAGAAUUGAUUCUAGUGAAGCCCCACAACCAGUAGCAGAAUCGAGCCUGAAUUUAGCGGCUCAUUCCCGAGCGGUUCACGCGACGAGGACGAGUGGGAUCGAGAGGGUAAAGGACACAUAUGUAGCGAGUAGUUUCCGUCCCGGCCCCCUUCCCCAUGCAUCUUCAACACCCCAUCUUCAACGUGUAAUUGGGGUUUUAAGGUAUGUAAGGUAUAGAAGAAGCAGCUACAGUGCGAAAUAAUGAAUGAAAAUGGAAGCAAAAUGUGCAGCCAGCCACAAACGAUCGCCCUUUUUACACAUAGACAGGAACUAGGAAAAAAAACAGGCUCGUUUCCGUUCGGCUCAUCGAAUUUGAUCUCGUCUUACAUACACAUACACACACACACAUACGGUUUGUGUUUGGAUUGAUUCUCUUUUUCUCUCAAAGUCCCAUCCACCCCCUCCCGCUCACUUUACUCUUCACAUCUCUUAUACAUUAUAAUUAUUAUUGUAAGUGAUUUCAACCACACCACAAAGAUAAGGAAAGAACCACAGCAAACACGCACACAAUACACCAACACCCACAAACAUAUGGAAAGCUGCGAGAAAACAGAAAGCGAGAAAACAUAAGAAAACUAAACCAAAAAUAAAUAUACUAUUGCUUGUACAGAGAAGAGAGAGAGAGAGAGAGAGAGGGAAAGAGAGAGAGAGAAAAAGUGAGGAGAUAACAAACCGAAAUUACACUCCAGUCCAGGCGAAAAAGCUGCGAAGCGAAAAGCCUCCCUCAACAUGCACACAUACACAUUCGUAAGCGUAUAAACGUAAGUAAGCCCAAAACUUCCUCCCAGAAACAAAAAAAACACAUACACACACACGCUCAUUUGUGUAAGUAAUAUUUGCAAAACGCAGAAAACGCAGAAAAGUAUCAUAAGAAACAAACUAUAUGUAAUAACUAAGUCAAGCAAAACGGAUUAAUUAAAAUGGAAGAGAAAAGCAAGAAAAAACAAAACCAAACCCCUAGAUAGUGGAGUAAAAAAAAACAACAACAAGAAAGCCCGCAUAAAAUCGGUAAGCAAUAGCACAAAUACACACACAGAAACAAAAACAAAACAAAAAUGAUGAGGGGCAAAUUGUUAAACAACAAAACACACAAACUUAAUGUAAGCAAUCACAAACAGCAGAUAAAAUCAAACCAACAGCCUGGGAGGGAGACUGAGCCAAGCAAAGAGACAGAGUAGGCAGAGCAUUCGACAGACGAGAUAGUAGCAUGCCCAAUCAACCAGCAGUAGCAGCAACAGACGCAGCAGGCGGAGCAGCAGCAGCAGCAGCAGCAGCAGCAGCAGCAGCACCACGGUGGUCAAUACCGUUUCCGGUCUCAAAAGGCCCGAUUGCCGACAAGGAAUUCUUUAUCUGUAUCGUCCGUUCUUCAUCGUUAAAAACUAAUGACACAAUUCAAAAACGAAAUACACAUUACUCCAAAAACACGCACACACAUAUUUACAUACACAUCCACAUACGUUCUCUAGGUUAUGCGGAGUAGACAGCAGCUGACGUCAGUUCCGUUAGUUCGUUAGAUAACUGGUUAUAAACUGGUCAAUAGAAGCAGCAGGAUCCUCGCGUGUAGCAGCGUGUGUGUGUGUGUGUUAAGACAUCGUGCCGAGACAGUGGCGUGCAAAGGCAAAGGGAACGAAAGGGCAAAGUAGGCUUUCCUCGCUGUUGUGCAGAGUGUUCAACGCUGCAACGACAGCCACGGCCUGGGUGAAAUGAGACGAUCGUGGGAAGUUUUCCGUAUUCGGUUUCGCUUUGCUCAAAUCAGAUUCGCCCUCCACUCCGAGGAGAAACGCGUGCGUGUGUAUGUGUGCUGGAGGUGCGAUAAGAAACAAAGGUACUUUCUGCCACAAAGCGAGCCCAGAGCAAAAAAAGAGAGAUAGAGAAUGAUCCGGUGAAUGGACAGUAAACGGAAAAACGUUUAAAGAAGACAGCGGAAUAAAUCAAACAAACACCAAAUUAUGAAACGCAUUGACUUGAACAACGCAUCGUCGCGAAGCGGUUGGGGGAGGGAAAAAAGAAGAAAACUUACAACUUACCCAGAGUGCUUCCAGCAAAACUUUUUACAUACUCGCCUCCUCCCUUUUUCGAUCGUUCCAAUAAUUAAAUAAUAAUUCCUGUGUUCCGUUUGCACCAACCGCCAUCACACGACUUUUGGCCUGCCAACUUGUUCCCACAAAACACUCUCACACACAAACACAGGGGAACAUUCAAAGCACGCGCGUUCGUUUUCGGUAGGUAUAAAGCAAGCCAUGGAAGAUUCCUUCACAUUCCUUUCCUCUACAUACCAACCUUUCUUCCAGUGUGAGCGAGUGACACGCGUUACAAAGAGCAAAUAAAAGUAAAGGAGAGAGAGACAGGGAGAGAGCUAAAGAAAGAGAGCGAGAGAGAGAGAGACAGCAGGAGGGAUGUAAAAGUAAGCAAAAGUAAACGUAGUGAAUACUCAAAGUAACCGUUGCAAACAUACACACGCAAGCGCCCAUGUCUGCAUGCAUUAAUUAGCGCUAAAAUCGUUAUAGCUAAAAUAUUCAUUCAAUUAAGUAGAACCAAUCCAAGCUAAAUAAACAACAAAAAAAGGCAUUAAAAAAACAUUGUUGAUCGUACUUUUAAACAAGCCCCACAAGGAAAACAAAAUAUCAAACAUCCCCGUUUUGGAAGGAAAUUAAACAAA